AAUAACACUGUUUGGAACACCAUUUCGCCCACAGCUCCUGCUUGCUUCCUUUUGCUUCUUCAGCAGAGCGACACAAACGAAGAAUAAAAGAAAUAUAUAAGAAAAUUUUAAAAGUAUAAUAAAAAAUUAUGGCGUUUGGCGCCAAGAAGUUGGGCCGUGCGGUAGCCGGUAUUGGUGGGAACGGCGUGGGCCAGAUUUUGGCCGCCAUGGCCGCGGCGCUCUUGAUUCGUUUGUUAUCGGGGCCCGACACAGCUAUCUCCCCGGAAGAUGAAACAUCCGAUGAAAACAGCGAGGACGUCAAUGGAGAUGGAGAUGAUGCUCCGCCGUCAGCUGGAAAAGUUUUUCCGGUCACUAUAACAUGGAGGAACAUAAACUGUUCUCUCUCAGAUAAACGCUCGAAAUCAGUUCGGUUUCUGCUUAAAAAUGUGAGUGGAGAGGCAAAACCUGGAAGAUUACUCGCCAUAAUGGGGCCAUCAGGAUCAGGAAAAACCACUCUCUUAAACGUUUUGGCAGGUCAGAUUUUGGCAUCGCCGCGGUUGCAGUUGUCAGGUCUUUUGGAGUUCAAUGGGAAGCCUAGUUCAAAUAAAGCUUACAAAUUUGCUUAUGUUCGACAGGAGGAUCUUUUCUUCUCACAGUUGACAGUUCGAGAAACAUUAUCUCUUGCUGCAGAACUUCAACUUCCAGAGAUAUCUUCUGUUGAAGAGAGAGAUGAAUAUGUGAACAAGCUUUUACUUAAACUAGGCUUGGUCAGCUCUGCUGAUUCAAUUAUUGGUGAUGCCAAAGUUCGUGGGAUCAGUGGUGGUGAAAAGAAACGCUUGUCAUUAGGUUGUGAACUGAUUGCAAGCCCAUCUGUCAUAUUUGCUGAUGAGCCCACAACUGGACUUGAUGCUUUCCAAGCUGAGCAAGUAAUGGAAACACUCCGCCUACUUGCACAAGAUGGUCAUACUGUAAUUUGCUCAAUACAUCAACCUAGAGGUUCUGUGUAUGACAAAUUUGAUGACAUCGUGUUGCUAACAGAGGGCGCACUUGUUUAUGCUGGCCCUGCACAUGAUCAGCCACUGGAAUACUUCUCCAGAUUUGGGUACCAGUGCCCAGAUCAUGCAAAUCCUGCUGAAUUUUUGGCUGAUCUUAUAUCCAUUGACUACAGUUCUGCUGAUAGUGUCUACUCUUCUCAGAAAAGAAUUGAUGCUCUUGUUGAAGCAUUCUCAACACAGUCAUCAGCAGUUCUUUAUGCUACUUCACUUACAGGAAAGACUGUUCCUAGGCAUGGCAUGAAGUUCAGCAGGAAAAUUACUGCUAAGAGGAAAGGGGGUUGGUGGAAACAGUUCUGGUUGCUUCUAAAACGUGCAUGGAUGCAAGCUUCUCGUGAUGGACCAACAAAUAAAGUUAGAGCUAGAAUGUCAAUUGCGUCAGCUAUAAUAUUUGGGUCUGUUUUCUGGAGAAUGGGAAGAUCUCAAACGUCCAUACAAGACAGAAUGGGGUUGCUUCAGGUUACUGCAAUAAACACAGCAAUGGCAGCUCUCACAAAGACUGUGGGUGUAUUUCCCAAGGAACGUGCAAUUGUAGACAGGGAGCGUGCUAAGGGAUCUUAUGCAUUGGGACCCUAUCUUCUUUCCAAAUUGAUAGCUGAGAUACCUGUGGGAGCUGCAUUUCCUCUAAUGUUUGGGACUUUGCUGUAUCCCAUGGCUGGCCUUCAUCCAACCUUGUCCAGAUUUGGAAAGUUCUGUGAAAUUGUGACUGUGGAGUCUUUUGCUGCAUCUGCAAUGGGUCUGACUGUAGGGGCCAUGGUCCCAACAACUGAAGCAGCAAUGGCCUUGGGACCCUCUCUUAUGACGGUCUUCAUCGUGUUUGGAGGGUAUUACGUAAAUGCAGAUAAUACACCAAUUAUCUUCCGUUGGAUUCCCCGUGCUUCCCUGAUAAGAUGGGCCUUUCAAGGGCUUUGUGUCAAUGAAUUUACCGGUCUUAAAUUUGACCGCCAGCAUUCCUUCGACAUUCAGGCAGGAGAACAGGCACUCGAGCGAUACUCCCUGGGAGGAACUCCUAUCAGCGAUACAAUUAUUGCUCAAAUUAGAAUUUUGUUGUUUUGGUAUAGCACCACUUACAUCCUCCUUGAGAAAAACAAACCGAAAUACCUGCAGCUUAAGGAGCCUGCAUCUCAGCAACUCGAACCAAAGCUAAAGCUUGAACCUUUAUUAGAAACCGACCAACCUCGUCCAAUCAAACAAGAUGAACAAAACGAGCAAGUUGAAUCACCUCCAGUUUACCAAAUCGAACCAUUCGUCCUAGAAGGUGCUUAGUAAAGGAGAUAGCAUUGCAAUAAAGGAGGGUCUCAUGCAUUUUCUAUGCUACAUUUUACAUCAAUGGUGUAUUUUUCCAUGUAAAAUAGAUCUUCCGUAA